CCUCCCUGGCCCUUUUCUGCCUCCUGCAUCAACACCACAAACCGAGCAGGAAAUCCAUCAUCGUCGUGUCUUGCCGCCUUCAUCGAGCAAGCUGGCCCCCCUCCUCCCUCCCGCACCACCGCCCUUGUCCAGAGCCGUUGCACAAGAGCCUCAGCGGCCAAAAAGAGCGCUAGCGCCCUCUGUCUGACCAAGCCAGGGGAAACAAAGAUGGCCUCGACCAACUACAAGGAGGCAUUUGCGCUGUUUGACAAGCGCGGCAACGGCCGUGUCACGGUCGACAGCUUGGGCGACCUGCUGCGCGCGUGCGGCCAGAACCCGACGCUGGCCGAGAUCCAGGACCUCGAGAAGAAUGCCGGCAGCGACUUCGACUUCGAGACGUUCCAGCGCAUACUCAACCGCCCCGGCGGCUUCCGCGACCCCGGCGAGCCCGAGGAGUACUGCCGCGGCUUCCAGGUCUUCGACAAGGACAUGACGGGCUUCAUCGGCGUCGGCCAGCUCAAGUACAUCCUGACCAACCUCGGCGAGAAGAUGACCGACGACGAGGUCGAAGAGCUGCUCAAGGCCGUCGACACGAGCUCCGGCCAGGUCAACUACACGGACCUUGUCCGGACCAUCCUCGCCAACUGAGCGACCCCCAACGAGUGGGCAAUCUCUUUUCGACGAAGAUGACGGGUUGGAAACACACGGACACACCUCGGUUACGAUGCAUCUGCGGGACGGGAAACGGCGUUGCUUUUAAUUAUGACUUGGGUGCACAUUUGAGCCUUUACGCGCCUGUACAGGAAAGGGACUGAGCCUUGGCGACUCACACAGGUGGGCAAGCAGCCGGCGACGGAGGCUCAGCAAAGGGCCGACAGAUAGUGUAUGAAUACGUAUCUACAUGGCAUGGCAUGACGGCCCACGGUGGGCACACACGGCCUACUCGAGGCACCAUAGCAAACAGAACAAGACUUGUGCAAUCGCCACGUACGCUGGGUAACACGGCGACCUUGUGGUGAUGCUCCGCGGCAGAGGCAGGCGGGCC